GGUAAAGCACUAAAGCUGUACUUUUAGUAGUUUUACUGUUUAAGCAGGAACACAUAACCUAUUAAAAGUUUACCAAGAAGAUAAAUGUAAUACCUUAAUUAGGAGAUUUAAAUUAUUCAAAUAUUAAAUAAAUUGUGUAAUAUAUCAAGAUCAUCUAAUUUAAACAGACAAAAGUGUAGAGAAAAAAUAGAAAAUUGAAGAGCAGUGUGCAUUGAUAUAGUUACAUGAAGUAUAUCGUUGUAGGUGUUACAUUAUUAAAACAAUGUAUUACUGUGAUGCAGAAGACCAAGAAUUAAACCAUAACAAAAACAUUGAGUCAUGUAUGUUAGAUAUUAAUGUUAAAAAUCAAUUAAACACUUAUGAUUUGGACAUGAGAACUGAUAAUACAAUGCCUGAAACGAAAAGAAAACCCUUUAAAAUUCCUGAUCAUAUUUCUUCAAUCGAAUGUGACGGAAGUGUUAAAUAUAAUUGUACUGUUUGCAAAAAGACCUUUAAUUCAAAAAAGAAUUGUUUCUAUCAUUUAACAUGUAACGGAGAUGGAAUUAAAAAACCGCUGAUCUGUUAUAAAUGUAAUAAAUCAUUUAAAAUCCAAUCACAUUUAGAUUAUCAUAUGUUAACACAUUCAGGUGAAAGACCAUUUAAAUGUAUUGAAUGUGAUAAAUGUUUUUUCACUAAAUCUAAAAUGAUUGAACAUAAAAUAGUACAUACAGUACGUUCUCAUUUUUGUGCAAUAUGCACCAAAGGUUUCAAAAGAAAGCGAUCAUUAGAAGUGCAUAUGAAAUCACAUGCUCUAGAAAAACCAUUUCAAUGUGCAACAUGUUUGAAAUUUUUCAAAAACAAGCAAUGUCUAAAAAAACAUCACAUUAGGAAACAUUCUGGAACUAAAGCAUUUUCAUGUGACAUCUGUAAACGGAAAUUUAGUUUAAAAGAUGCGUUGGUUUCACAUCAAAAGACACAUAUAUUCUCAACUCAAUUUGCUUGUUAUUUAUGUAAUCAACGUUUUAGAGAAAAACGUUAUUUACAAAGACAUCUUGGAACUCAUAGUAAAAAAAACAUUUUGAAUUGUCCAAUAUGUAUGAAGAAGUUCACGCGUAAAGACAACUUGGACCGUCAUGUAAGAAACACUCACUUGGAAUCUGAGAAUAUUAAUAUAAAUGAACAUGUAAUUCGUGCUUCUGUUAUUAAAGUUGUCAACAAAAUUGAAUCAUGUCCUGUUAGAGUAAUCCAACAUACUUAAAUUGUUAUUUUGUAUAAGUAUUUAUAGAUAUUCUAUAUAUUAGUUGUAUAAUAUUAUGUUACCUCUAUAGUUGUUAUUAUACUAUGCUACCUCAUUUAUAUUUUCUUAUAUUGAUUUACAUAAUUUAUUGUACACCAUUAUUUUAAAAUAAUUAAAAUUAAAUCAUGGUUUUAUAAUAAAAAAUUAAAACUUUAUUAA